UUUCUACUAGUAGUAGGGAAGAGUUUAGGGGAGGGAACGGAAAUGAGGUAGGUAGUACAGGUUACGUGAUUUAGGGAAGACACACGUGGAUACAGAGGGAGGCGAAGCAUACUAUUCUCAUCUCUUCUGUGUCAUCCAUCAUGGUGUUUUUUACAUGCAAUGGAUGUGGUGAAUCCUUGAAAAAAGGACAAGUAGAAAAACAUGUGGCAAUUUGCAGAAAUUGUCAAUGCCUUUCUUGUAUUGACUGUGGUAAAGAUUUCUGGGGUGAUGAUUAUAAAGAGCAUCUGAAAUGUAUUAGUGAAGAUCAAAAGUAUGGUGGUAAAGCUUUUGAAGCCAAAGCAAACAAAGGAGACGUGAAACAGCAACAGUGGAUACAGAGGAUUCAAGUGGUAAUGGAAAAACCUGGUAUCAGUGCAAAAAUAAAGAGUAUUUUAAAUCAGAUUAGUUCAUAUGAUAAUGUUCCACGGAAAAAAGCAAAGUUUCAGAACUGGAUGAAGAACAGCUUAAAGAUUCAAAAUCAAGCUUUGCAGGACCAGGUGUGGGAGAUUUUUUCAGAGGCUACAAGCAAUGCAGUUGGGACCCAGGAUAAUCAAAACCAAGCUGAAGUAAUACCUCCUGAAAACAAAACCAGACCGUCCGAGGCAGUAGAAGAAAUUAAUAACAAAAAGAAAAACAAGAGGGAACGUAAGGAAGAAAGACAGAAACAGAACAAGAAAGAAAAGAAAGAACUACAUUCGGAGGAGCAGCUGGAGGAGGAUGGGAAUAAGAAAAGCAAGAAGCGUAAGAUUCAAGAUAAAGAUGUAACUGAAAAUAUAGAUGAUGCCAAACAGAAGAACAAGAAGAAACCUGACAAUGAAAGCGACCAUGAGGAGAAUGAUCUGGCUGUAAACAGUGACCAUGAAUAUGAUGCACCAAUAUAUGGCAAAAAAAGAAAGCAGAAGGAGGAGACAGAUGUUAUAGACAGUGAGGAAAAUUCUGCUGAUGAGAAUAAAAAAAGCAAUAUUGGAGGUAAAUUUAACUGGAAGGGAACGAUCAAGGCUGUACUGAGGAAUGAUCCUGACCAUGAGUUGCCAAUUAAAAGAUUGAGGAAAAAGGUCAUAGCUCAGUACUAUGCUGUAUCUUCCGUGCAACAUAAGUCUGAAGAGGAACUCCUUGCAACAUUUAACAAGAAAAUACGCAACAAUCCAAAAUUUAAAGUUUUUAAGGAUAGAGUAAAACUUUUAAAAUAGCUACUCAAUUUUAAAUCUUAUUCUAAUCUGCAUUUAAAUUAUUUCUUAAAGCAUUUGAAAUGUUCAUGGUUUUAUGCAGUUACCUGAUGUCUUAACAUCAUUCCACUUCAACUUGGUCAAUUAUUUAAACUACUAUAUAUUGUGGUUUUGCUCAUCUCUGCUUCACUUAAAGGGACAGUCUACACUUUAGUCAUCUUAAAGUCUUCCCUUUAGAUUACGCUGCAAAUAGCCUCCUGUAACUCUUUCUAUAUCAUGCAGCAGGAACUGUAAAAAAAAGUUAUUUUAAAAUAAAUUUUGUUUCUGGCCACUUUGAAAUGGCUGCCAAGCUGCGCCCAAUGAUGACAUCACAAUUUGGGUUCCAUAUGGUGUCUAAUCACUAAAGGCUCACUAGUUGGAUUCAACAGACUGUCAAUGCUAUUCAGCAGAGGGCCUAGAAGAUGCAGCCUAGAUCAUGAUGUCAUCAGUGGGCUGAGCUUGGCAGCCAAUUCAAAGUGGCCAGAAACAAUAUUAAUUUUAAAAUAACUUUUUUUCCAUUCCUGGUGCAUGAGGAUAUUUGCAGCUUAAUCUAAGGUAAGAUGUCUAAGAUGUAGACUGUCCCUCUAAAUUGCCAACACAAAAAAAAGAGAAUCUUGGUCUCAAUUCGUUUGAAUAGCAUAUACAUUUAGCUUGUUGGAAAAAUUAGAUUAGUUUCAAGUGGUGCAGCUCCAAAUCUGAACUCAGCUGAUGAUUGGUGGAAUUGUGUGACUGCUGCUGCCGAUUGGCUCACCAGCUUAUUCCUGCUGGAGACAGUUCUCUGCUCCGAAACAGGACUUUAUAUGUUAAACUUUUUGCAGGAGUUAAAAGGACAGUCUAUACCUUAGUCAUCUUUAAGGUAUACUAAAACCAAAUUUUUUCUUUCUUGAUUCAGAUAGAGCAUGCAAUUUUAAGCAACUUUCUAAUUUACUCCUAUCAAUUUUUCUUCGUUCUCUUGCUAUCUUUAUUUAAAGGAAUUUAAUGCUUAGGAGUAGGCCCAUUUUAUGUUCAGCACCCUGGAUGGUGCUUGCUUAUUGGUGGCUACAUUUAGCAAACCAAUAAGCAAGCAUAACCCAGGUUCUGAACCAAAAAUGGGCCAGCUCUUAAGCUUUACAUUCCUGCUUUUUAAAUAAAGAUAACAAGAGUACGAAGAAAACUUGAUAAUAGGAGUAAAUUAGAAAGUUGCUUAAAAUCAUGACAGGAAAAAAAUUGGGUUAAGUUUUUCUUUAAUGUCUUACUUUAGAUUAAAGGACCAGUCAACACUGUAGAUUUGCAUAAUCAACAAAUGCAACAUGAGUAGUAGAUUUUUUUUCUGACAAUUUUUUAAAAGUUAUGUCUUUUUCCACUCCCCCUGUACCAUGUGACAGCAAUCAGCCAUUCACAAAUGCAUACACACUUAUUCUUGCACAUGCUCAGUAGGAGCUGGUGACUCAAAAGGUUUAAAUAUAAAAGACUGUGCACAUUUUGUUAAUCAAAGUAAAUUAGAAAGUUGUUUAAAAUUGCAUGCUCUGUCUGAAUAAUGAAAGUUUAAUUUUGAUUGAGUGUCCCUUUAAGCUGCAAAUAUCCUCGUACACCCUUUUUUAUAUCAUGCAGCAGUAACAGUAAAAAAAUUAUUUUAAAAUGAAUAUUGUCUAUGGUCACUUUAAAAUGUCUGCCAAGCUCUUCCCACUGUUGACAUAACGAUCUGGGCUGCAUCUAUUUUCCCUGCUGAAUAGCAUUUAACAGUCUGUGGAAUUUUUUCACUGUUACUGCUGCAUGAUAUAGAAAGAGUGCAGGAGGAUAUUUGCAGUUUAGUAUAAAGUAAAACUUUAAAAUUACUAAGGUGUAGACUGUCCCUUUAAACACAGAGCUAGAACAUUCCAUAUUUGCACUAGAAUGUCCCUCCAAGUUGAAAUUUCUUGUACAGAGAAUUUGGCCAUUUUAAGCCUUUCUAUUGCAUAUUCUAAAAAUGUUCUAUUUUCCCCAAGUUUAAUGUUUUUUUUGUUUUACCCAAAUAACAAGCUUCAUUUGUUUUCCUUCAUAAAUUUAGAGCUAAAAUAACAGCCAGUUAGCAUGUUAUUACUGUAAAUAGUCUAUGGUAUAGCGUUUGGCAGUGGUUUGAUUACCCAAGAACAGCUAAAGGUUAAGAUACUGUAUUUUAGUGUGUACAUUGGAAUCAUUCUACUGCAUUGUCUUCAAUAACAAAAAAUUCUACUUUUUUUUUUUUACAGUUGUUUAUGCCUGAAUUAAGUGAAUAGAUUGUUGUCUACAAUAAGAACUGUACUAUAAAGCUGUAUUUGGAUAUUUCA